AUGGCAGAUGGGGAACUUUCCAUACCAAAUGAAGAAGGAGCUUUGGAGAAUGGGCAGCCUCUGGGCUCUGGGCAAGUGCUGAGCUCCAGCCAGGUAUCCCUGCCAGCCCUAGCAGAACUGGAGUCAGGUCCAGCAUCUGGGGAACCCUGCACAUACGAGGUGCUCCCAACCACAGAGAUCAUGGAUGGGACAGUGUCUGAAGAGAGCCCCACAUCCAAUGAAUCCGGCGUUCUCCUGUCCCAAGAUCCUACAGCUAAGCCAGUCCUGCUACUUCCCCCCAAAAAAUCUUCUGCUUUCCCCGGAGACCAUGAGGACACCCCAGUGAAACAGUUGUCCCUCCUCAAACAGCCCCCUGCCCUGCCUCCUAAACCUAUUGCCAGGAUUGCCAGCCACUUAACUGAUCCUGGUGCUCCUGUGAAACUGCCUUGUAUGCCAGUUAAGCUGUCACCUCCACUACCUCCAAAGAAAGUCAUGAUUUGCAUGCCUUUAGGGGGGCCAGACCUCUCUCACUCAUCCUAUUCCACACAGAAGAGUUCCCAGCAGCCUUUGACCCAGCACCAUCACACUGUCCUGCCAUCCCAGUUAGCAGCUCACCAGCACCAGCUCCAGUACGGCAGCCACAGCCAGCACCUGCCUUCUGGGUCCAGCACAUUGCCCAUUCACCCUUCAGGGUGCCGAAUGAUAGAGGAACUGAACAAAACACUAGCCAUGACCAUGCAAAGGCUAGAAAGGUAAGGGAUCAACUUUUAA